AUGGGUAUUUUCCGGCCUUUGAGUAAUUAUUAUGCACUUACAUUUGAAAUGAAAGGUGAACGCUAUCGAUCAGUUGAACAUUAUGCAUAUCAACGACUUUUUGAUGCACUACGACUUGAUGAUAAGUGCAUUGAAAAAAUUCGAACAACUGUCGAGCCAGCACAGGUUGCUAUGGUUGCUAAAAAAGUUUUCGCACAACAAAAGGGUAUUUUCCGGCCUUUGAGUAAUUAUUAUGCGCUUACAUUUGAAAUGAAAGGUGAACGCUAUCGAUCAGUUGAACAUUAUGCAUAUCAGCGACUUUUUGAUGCGCUACGACUUGAUGAUAAGUGCAUUGGUGAGGAAAAAAUUCGAACAACAGUCGAGCCAGCACAAGUUGCUAUGGUUGCUAAAAAAGUUUUCGCACAACAAAAGCUUAGUGAUGGAGCAGUGAAGCUGAAGAUGGCUCGUCUGGAUCGGUGGCGGCAAUCAGCAAUGAAACAUAAGGGCAACAAAGCAGGCCUUUUGCUGAUGGAAUUGCGCUCCAAAUUUGCAGCAAUGUCACCGACCCAGAAUCGUAUUCCACUGGUAUCACCACUUGCAACAACAAUGGAACUACGCUCACUUUUAUCCGCUCAUAUGAUAUGCUUCACGGCCGAAAGUGUUUUCCAUUUCUUGUAUCCGGCACUCAUCCAACUACCGAACACCAAGGAAGUGCUACCGUCACCUGCUCAUUUUGUCGCCAGGCAGGCCAUAAAGUAUUUUAACAUAUGUGCAGCGGAUGCAGCAUAUAUAAACGAAACCGAGAAAAGUAUUGAAUGUUGGGAACGAAUGAACACUGUGAUUGAAUCGAGCAUGCCGACACUUGACAAAAUCCAGGGCUGGUACAUGGAUGAGCGUCAGCGUGCGAUAAAAAUUUCAUUAUCGUUGAUGUUCGAUCAGCAUGCUCCGCUCAUGAAGGCAUUACUGGAUACCGGUGAUGCGCUGCUCGUCUACUGCUCCCGAUAUUCCACGCCAGAAGCUGAGCUUACAGUUGGUAUGAGAGAACGGGAUUUACGUGCUUGGCUAGCACAUAUUGAUAUCGAUACACGACAGGUUAGCACACCUUUUUUGCCAUUCAGUCCGAUUGUUUUUUGUUGCGCUACCUCGAAGGAUUUUGAUUAA